UUAUUUAUUGUUUAGAGUUGUGCUAAUUGGCUCUCUGCUUUGGCUUUUAUAUGCGUUCUAUAUCACACAGAAUUGAAAAGAUAAACAAGGGUAAAUAAUUGUGUAGUGGUUCGUAGGUCACAGCUAAGAAAACAAGUAAGAUGUGACUUUGAAUAGACUUCGUUCUAUAAUCAAUCAACCAUAGCAUGGCUCGGUUUGAGAUAUGAUUCAGUGCUUAUGGGCACCACCACGGCCCAUGCAUUCUCCAUAACCAAUCAGGCGUGCCCUAAACGCACCCAUAUCACUAAAGUUUGGUUUGGGUUCUGAAAAUCUACACAGCAUUAUUGUCUUUCUUCCUUUUUUGCUCAUCUUUCAUCAGAGGGCGAAAAGAAACAAUGGUUGUAGCUGAAAUCUUUCUUGGUGCUUUCGUCAAGGGGCUGGUCAGUGUAUUGACCUCCCAAGAGUUGUUGAGCUUUGCACGGAGGGAGAAGAUUGAUGCUCUGCUCACGAAAUGGAGCACAAUGUUGGAACAAAUCGAUGCCAUGCUAGCUGAUGCUGAAGAGAAGCAAACGAGGACCAAUCAAAGGGGUAUCCAACGGUGGCUGGAGGAUCUCGAGGACUUGGCUUAUGAUCUGGACGACAUGCUAGACGAGUUCUCCACCGAAGCUUUGCGGCAACAAGUGUUGAAGAAGGAGUCUCGAGGCAGCACCAGCAAGGUACGUGCCCUCAUACCUACUUGUUGUACGCGUUUCAAUCCGAGCACCCUGGUUUCAGAUUUUAGAAUGAGGUCCAAGAUGGAUGAGAUGACUAUGAGGUUGAAGGAUCUCUUUGACCGAAGAACGGGGCUUCACUUGCAAAUUGUUGGUGCGGGACACUCUGCAGGUAGAUCUCCACAAAUACCACCCACUUCAUCUUUGAUGCACGAAACUCGUUUGUACGGUAGAGAUGGGGAUCAAAAGGCGAUAAUAGAGUUGCUCCUGCGUGAUCAAUUGAGUGAUGUAAAAGUUGAUGUUGUUCCGAUUGUGGGCAUGGGGGGAGUCGGGAAGACCACCCUUGCUCAAAUGGUCUAUAACCACGAAAUGGUUGAGAGACAUUUUGAAAUCAAAGUGUGGGUCUGUGUUUCUGAAAAGUUUGACAUUAUGGGAGUGACAACAGCGAUUCUAGAGUCUAUUGCCACUCACACUCGCGAUUAUAAAACCUUGAAUGAAGUUCAAGUUCAAUUGAAAAAGGCUUUGGAUGGUAAGAAGUUCUUGAUUGUUCUAGAUGACGUUUGGAACAAAAACUACGGUGAUUGGAGAUGUUUAAAGAGUCCUUUUAAUGUUGGAGCCUUAGGAAGUAAAGUAAUAGUAACGACGCGUAAUAGGGAUGUUGCAUUCAUGAUGGCCGGAACCGAUACAUAUCAUCAUCCCCUGAAGGAACUAUCAGAGGAUGAUUGUUGGUCGGUGUUUACAGAACAUGCAUUUGAGAAUAGAAAUAUAGAUGAAAGUCCAAAUUUAGUUUCACUUGGUCGAAAAAUUGUGAAAAAAUGUGGAGGAUUGCCCUUGGCUGCGAGGACUCUCGGUGGACUUCUACGGUGUAAAUUGAGAGAUGACGAAUGGGAAGACGUAUUGAACAGUAAAAUGUGGGAGUUAUCGGACAAGGAAAGUGACAUUCUUCCAGCUUUGAGAUUAAGCUACUAUCACCUCCCUUCACAUUUGAAGAAGUGUUUUGGAUAUUGUUCCGUACUGCCUAAGGAUUACGAAUUUGAGGAGAAGGAACUCGUUUUCUGGUGGAUGGCAGAAGGCUUAAUACAGAAGCCAACAGGGCAUAAACAAAUGGAAGAUCUUGGAUGUGAGUACUUCCGCGAAUUGUUAUCGAGAUCUUUAUUUCAGCCAUCAAGUAGUGGAUUCUCGCUAUUUGUGAUGCAUGACCUCAUCAACGAUUUAGCUCAGUUUGUCGCAAGGAGAACUUAUUUUAGGCUGGAUGACAAGCUUCAAAACAAUAAGGAUGAUAAAAAUAUAACUAACGCUCGUCAUUCAUCCUACUUACGUGGCUAUUGUGAUGGCAUAAAAAGGUUUGAGGCCUUCCGAAAAGCCAAAAAUUUGCGGUCUUUUUUACCAUUUGGAUUGGGAGAUCGAGGUACCAACUACGGGUCAUCCUUUUUAACAAGCGAUGUUCCCCUCCAUUUGUUGCCGAGUCUUAGUCGUUUACGCGUGCUUAGUUUGAGAAGAUAUCGAAUCUAUGAACUUUCGAAUUCGAUUGGAAAUAUGAAACAUGUGAGGUUCCUUGACCUUUCAUGUGCCUUGAUUGCCACAUUACCGGAAUCAAUAAGCACUCUUUACAACCUACAAACACUAAUAUUGAGAAACUGUAAAAAUCUCAGCAAGUUGCCUACAAACACGAGUAAUCUUAUUAACUUGCGGCAUCUUGAUCUUACUGGUGCAGAUUCUUUACAAGAAAUGCCACCAAAAAUAGGUGAAUUGACAUGUCUCCAGACAUUAUCAAACUUUGUUAUCAGCCAAGAUGAGGGGUCUACCAUAAAUGAGUUGGAAAACUUGAUUCAUCUUAGAGGGACUCUUUGCAUAUCAGGCUUGGAGAAUGUGGCUGAUGCUCUGGAUGCCAGCAUGGCCAACUUAAAGGAUAAACAAGGCUUAGAUGUCCUGUUGAUGAAAUGGAGUAAUAUAUCAGAUAAUUCUUGCAAUGGAAGUGUUGAAUCAAAAGUGUUUGACUUGCUAAGACCUCACAAUAAGCUAAAAGAGCUUACCAUUAUUGGUUACCAUGGCCUAACAUUUCCGACUUGGGUGGGAAAUUCUUUGUUCUGUAAUAUGGUAUCCUUGAAGUUCCAAAACUGUGAAAAGUGCAUUUGCUUGCCACCACUGGGUCAAUUAUCCUCACUUAAAGAACUUCACAUUCAAGGUAUGAAAACAUUACAGAACAUUGGACCUGAGUUCUAUGGGUUCGGCUGCUCACAUCCCUUCCCAGAUCUAGAGUUUUUGACCUUUGAGGACAUGCCUAAAUGGAAAGACUGGUCUCCAUUUGAAGUUGAGGUAGGUGCUCAAGCAUUUUCACGAUUGUCAGAGCUCUCCAUUAAAAGGUGUCCCAAGCUUUUGGGUAAAUUGCCCGAAAAUCUUCCUCGCUUAAAAAAAUUGGAGAUUAAAGAGUGCCCACUGUUGGUUUUUGCAUGGGCUCCAAGCCCUACAGAGCUGAAUCAAGUGAGGAACACGCUCCACUUUAAGGCACUCAUUUCUCUAUCUCUCACACAUGUUUUGAUUCCGGACUCUAGGAAUCCAGAAGUGGGUAAUGAAGCAACGUUGGAAAAUGCAAGGUAUAGCCAUUUGAGCUCGCUGAUUUCCCUUACAGUUGAAAAUAUACAGGGUCUUAGAUGCCUACCUGGUUGGUUUCUUCAAGGGCUGACGGGACUCCAAGAACUCUUUAUCCGUGGUUGUCAAGAACUCACCUCACUGUGGAAGAAUGACGUGAGACGGAGACACCGACUCCCUGCCCUCCGACGUUUAGAGAUUAAAAAAUGCCCUCAACUUAUUUCGUUUUGUGAAGAAGACGAAAACGAAGAGAAUGAGGAAGGGCUACAACAGCAUGAGGAGCUGCAUUACUUAAUGAUGCUGGAGCAUUUGGAAAUAACAUAUUGUGAAAAGCUGGAGAGACUACCACGGGGGCUGCACAACCUCAAAUAUCUUCAAGAUCUUAUCAUCUUCGAUUGUCCAUGUCUCAUCUCUUUUCCCAAGGAAGGUUUGCCAUCUACUCUAACAACACUUCGCAUUAGGGAUUGUGUCGCUCUGCGGUCCGUACCAGAGUGUCCAUCGCUCACGUACUUAAGUUGUUCCAAAACUGGGCUACCGCCCACUCUCAAAUCACUGUGGCUUUAUAAUUGUAGAAAUCUGGAGUCAGUACUGGCAGAGGAAGGGAUGAAAAUCAAUUGUCCAUCUCUUGAAUAUGUGUCAAUUAACAGCUGUAAGAGCCUCAAAUCCUUGCCGGAUCUGAUGCAAAAUAAUUAUAACGGUGGAUUUCUCAGGAAUCUCAGACAAUGGAAGAUAUAUGAUUGUGAUAAUUUGGAAUGCAUUCCGGAAGGAUGGUUCACCGCAACCAAUCUAAGGGAAUUGGAGAUCUACAGAUGCAAAAAACUCAAGGGCCCACCAUACCGUGUCUAUAAGAACCUCACUUCUCUUCAAAAGUUGUCUGUAGAUAAUUGUGCUUCAGCUACAGGACUCGUAUCUUGCAUUCUGAACAAUGCACAAUUCACCAACCUCACUGUGCUUGGAAUCGUCAAUCUGGACAUGGGUAAUAAGCCCCGAUCAGAGUGGGGUUUACAUAGAUUGUCCUCCCUCACAGCUCUUGACCUCGGACGUUACGGCGGGACGUCAUUUCCACCAGAAGAAAAAGAUGGGAUGAUGCAGUGGUUGCCCCCUUCUCUGACCACCCUGCUUAUCUAUGAGUUCCCAAAUCUGGAGAAGCUCUAUUGCAAGGACUUUCAAAACCUCCCCUCUCUUGAAAGACUUGAAAUCUGGAGAUGCCCCAAGCUCACGACCAUUACAGAGCUAGGGCAGCUUCCCUCACUUUCGGAAUUGUCGAUCCAUUUUUGCCCCAACGUCAAAUCGUUUUCUGCAGAGGAUCAAGCAUUCCGUCUGCCUCCCUCACUUUUGGUAUUGUGGAUAUACACAUGUCCUUUACUGAAAGCGAGGUGUGAAAAGAAGAAGAAAGGCCAAUAUUGGCCCCUCAUUUCUCACAUCCCUCAAGUCACCAUAGACGGCAGACUCCAAGAUACUAUGCCCCAGCACAAGCACAAGUCGAAAACUCUGGCACAAAGCAUGGCCUAUUUUUACAUUUCUUUCCAUGCACGACUAUAUCGGAUGGCAAACAAGAGUAGUCAAAUGGCAUCAGACGUUUGCAUAAAGCCGUUGGCCUAUAUUUUGUCUUCAGACAAUUUUAUAAACCGUGGAGCAUCUUUAUGCAUUUGCCCUUCAGCUGAUACGUUUUUGGAACCAAUCAUUUGA